UAACCUUAAGCCUCUCAGAUUCUUUAUCCCAACAUCAGAAAUUAGCUUACUUGCAUUCAUUUUCUUGGUGACAAUAUUGUCACCUCCUCUCUUCCUCCUCAUUGAAGAGGAAGAUGAUGAAUAAAACCAUUACAGCCAUGAAAAGAUUCACUUUCUGUUAAAUAAGAUUAUAUUCGUAUAGCAGCAUUUAACAUAAACAGAUUGAGUUUGACAAAGAGGAAGAAGGGUGAUACUUAAGUUCAGCCAAAAUGAAUGAUUUAUUCUCAAACUCGUUCAAGAGAUUCAGUGAUGUCAAGGAGCAACCAAAUCUUGAUGAUUUGGAAGCUGGGAAGGGGAACAUGAGUCUUGAUAAAUUCUUCGAUGAUGUCGAGAAUGUAAAGGAAGAUAUGAAAGAGGUUGAGAAACUGCACAAGAAACUACAAGAAACUAAUGAACAGAGCAAGACUGCUCAUAAUGCCAAGACCAUGAAAAAUCUCCGAGCUAGAAUGGAUUCAGAUGUAGAACAAGUCCUCAAACGUGUCAAACUCAUCAAAGGAAAGCUUGAAGCCUUAGAACGUUCUAAUGCAGCUGCAAGAAACAACCCAGGUUGUGGUCCAGGUUCUUCUGCAGAUCGAACCAGGACCUCAGUGGUUAGCGGUUUAGGGAAGAAGCUCAAGGAUUUGAUGGAUAAUUUUCAGAAUUUUAGAGCCCAGAUGUCAGCUGAAUACAAAGAAACUGUGGAACGUAGGUAUUUUACAAUCACAGGAGAGAAAGCAAGUGAAGAAACAAUUGAGAAUUUAAUAUCAAGUGGAGAGAGUGAAAGUUUCCUGCAAAAAGCAAUCCAAGAUCAAGGGAGAGGCCAGAUUCUUGACACAAUAUCAGAAAUUCAAGAAAGAUCUGAUGCAGUAAAAGAGAUAGAAAAGAAUUUGAUUGAGCUCCAUCAACUGUUCUUAGACAUGGCUGCUCUUGUGGAAGCUCAAGGUCACCAGCUCAAUGACAUUGAGAGUCAUGUGGCGCAUGCGAGCUCCUUCGUGCGCAGAGGGACUGAGCAGCUUGUGGAAGCCAGAGAAUAUCAGAAAAGCUCUAGAAAGUGGACUUGUAUUGCCAUUUAUGGAUUUAUUAUCCUUCUUUUUUUGCUCUUGUUGCCUCUCUUACCAACAAUUAUAGCUCUCAUGUAGAAGAGAAGCUACUAGUUCUCCUCGGAUCCCAGAAAAUAUAUAUCAGAAACUCUAGAAAAUUUAUGUUAAGAGAAGAUUUCUCAAUGUCCUAAAUCUUCCGUUCUGAACUAUGCAGAGCUCAACUUGUAAGGUUAGUUCAGAAAAACAAUUUUCUGCAGAAUAGAUAGCUCAUUGGCAUCAAG